AGCUACAAUAAUCUCAAUGAUCAAAGGGCUAAUCAUGUUGUUGUUCUUAAACACAACCCAAGCUUGGAUCUGCACGCUCUGUCCUUGCAAGGCUCUUCAUUCCUGGGGUUGGGCAGCAAACUGCAAUUUGAUGGAACUCAAGGAGAUGCCCCACCUGAACUCGAGCAUCAAAAUUCUUCAUCUGCAAAACAACAAUUUGACUACUGUUCCUCUUGGUGCUCUGGAUAGCUUGACCAACUUGGAGGAAGUUAAUUUUUCCAACAACCCUUGGCACUGUAACUGCUCUAUUUUAUAUCUUAAGGAGUGGCUGACAGACUUCAAUAAAAGUUCUCUUGCAAAGGCUAUCUGUGCAACUCCAGCUUCUCUAAAUAUGAAAGCCUUGAGCCAGCUGAAAGGGAAUGAACUGGAGGGAUGUAGGAAACCCCUGCCAAUCAGUUGCCAUGAUUUUUUUUUGAGGGACUUUGGUCUGAUUAUUUUGGCAAUCAUUGUCUUAAUUUUAGCAGCAUGUGUUUUGCAACGUUCAAAACAGUUAGUUUUCCAAGCCAGCAGAAAGCAGCAUUCUUCUGAAGUUCCAUUGCUAUGGUUCCAUGACCAGGAAAAUCAGAAGUCCAAAUGAAAUGCUGCAAUUGGCAAUAAGAUGCUGUAAGAAUAAAACCACCCAUCUAUUACUGUAUUUUUGUGAACUGAAAAUAUCUAUAGUCACAACUAAAGGCUUCUUUUGGUGAAGAUAUCACACUUUUUCACUCAUUUCCAUGUGUGAAUGUCAAUAAUCCCUAUCAUUGAUAUUAAGCCAAUAAUUCUUGCAGAUAUAUAAGUUGUUUUGCUAUGUAAUUGUACUAUACUUGUUAAUGCUCCAAUAUGCAUAAUUGAAAUGUGUUUCCAUGCAUCAUAGGUUCUGUUGCUAUGGCACUC